CUUCCAGUGAUGUCCGCAGAUCCGGAGGCCUGGCAGCUGGGCCUGGGUGAGAAGGAUGCCCUCCAGCCCACCCUCCUGCGCCCCCUCGUCCUGCUGCUGUGCUUGCUGGGGGCGGCUCGUUCCGGAAGCCAGGCCUGUGGACAGAGAGAAGUCUACAUUCCCAUGUCAAGCUACAACCAGAGAGUUGACUCCUCUAUUUGAGCUUGACAAACCUCAGAAGUCAAAAUAAGUGAUUUCCUCGCCUUAAUCAAGAGUGAGUCUCCAUUGGUCCACAUCUGCAUUUUUCAGUUGGUUUUCAACCCAACCCUACCCCCAUCCCCCAGCAAAGGAUGACGGCAGUCUGGCGGCUAGGCUGACAGCAGUCUGGUCACUCGUCACAAGGUUUUGCAGCCAUGACAGUCAGCCAUACCUGUGGGAGCGGUGGACCUCAUUUGCAUCUCCCCACACAGUGCUCUGUGAAGGGCUUUGAUAUUGCACUAUAAUAAAGGUAUACGCAGAGCAUCCCUGAGCUUAGUCCUAAAUUUGUUUUAGGCACCUGAAGUUUUUUGGUGACUUUCUAAGACAAAAGAAGGUCAAGGAGUCAGAUCUGAUGACUCAACCUGGCUUCCAGUCUUCUCCAGCUCCAGUAGGGGCCAACAGCACUGGGUCAGGCCUGGCAGAGCUGGCCAUGGCAGAAGUGAGGCUGCCUACCCUUCCAGCCUAACAGGAAGGUAGGAAAGAAGAGAAGCAUGUUUUAGCUUUCCAUCAGCCCUCAGCACCCUUGGAGGGGGCCAGCUAGGACUCUGGACAAAUUCAACUUGCCACUAAGCUUGGGAUUCAGAGUCCAAGCAUGCAGUAAGUUCACAAGGCAGCCAGGGAUCUCGGCACCCACCCCUUCUAUGGGUCCCUUUUAGGAACAGUCCCCUUGCCCAAACCAGCAGGGACUUUCUUGGUAGUGGCACCCUGUUGAAACUUAACCACCUAGAGCAACUAUAAAGUGUAAUCUAAAAUGAAGAGGGUGUUGUUAAGUGGGGGAACUGGGAAAGGUGUGUUAGGAGUAGCUGGGAAAACAGAAAGCAGGGGCUUUUGGGGCUGGCUUGGGAAGAGAGGUCUCUGGGAACCCAGAAGGGGUGACAAGCUGAGGAAAACUAGGGUUGGGAUUUCAGCUGAGUCCCAGGCCUGCCCCUCCCCCUCCUUGGGAAGGCCAUCUCCCCCUGGCAGACAGCAGAGAGAUGCAUGACAAAGGUGCCAUGAUGGCUCUGUCUUGGGGGUUGGAGGAGCUGGCCAGGGAGGGGCCCCUCCUGUUCCAAAGCACCUUUCUUCUCCCCUACUGGGCCCCUUAAUCUACCUGCCUUUUUGGCAGUUAAUAGCUGGGAAGUGAAUACUGCUGCAACCCCACUGCCUUAUAGAUCUUUGAACAGACCUACCGGAAGUACUGAAAUGCACACAUACAAUUAGUUGUUCAAAAAGUCUACUCGGAUGGGAGAUGGCCAUAGUAAGAGCCAGCUUGAUAGACUCAGAGGGGGAAAAAGGCUCAGAAGGCUCCUGGAUGAUACCAAGACAAAGAUAACCUGCCACAGGCUGGGCAUGGUGGCUCACACCUAUAAUCCUAGCACUUUGGGAGGCUGAGGUGGGUGGAUUGCUUGAGCUCAGGAGUUUGAGACCAGCCUGAGCAAGAGUGAAACCCCAUCUCUACCAGUCCCAGCUACUCAGGAGGUUGAGGCAAAAGGAUCCCUUGAGCCCAAGAGUUUGAGGUUGCUGUGAGUAUGAGGCCAUGACACUCCGGCACUCCACCCAGGGAAACAGAGUAAGACUGUCUCACACACACACCCAAAAAAAGAAAGACAGCUGGCCACAGUCAGGAAGACCCUUACAGUACACCCAGCCCCUAGGAAGGCAGAGACAGUGCCACCGACCACAGCAAGCAGCCCAAGGCAGGCUGUGCCUGGAACCUGCAAUGUAAACAAGACUUACUUAAGUUGACAGAGAGCAAGUUCCCAUCUCAGGAUCAUGGCCUUGCAGAAUACAGGGCUUUCUGGUCCAGAGCCUUUCUGGAGCCCCUUUCUGAUUUACCCCAGAACUCCACUUAGAGCAGGUUUUGGGAGCAGACAGACAAACAUCAUCCCUCACAGACAGGCACUCUGUGGGCUAUUCUCUUGCAAAAAGAAGCAAGCACUAGCCCAGCAGCCUGAGCCCUCAGGACACUUAGGCAAGGCCCAGAAAAACACCCUGAGGGAGAGCUCACGGCGGCCUUUCUGCACCCCCCUCCCCAAAUUGCUGUCUACCUCCUUGGCAUCUUUCCCACAGGCAGCCCCCCUCAACAAAGCACAGCCCAGGGGCUGGAGAGCUGGAGGAGGGAUGAUAGCGAGGCAGGACACCUGAGUCCCCAAAGGAAGGGGGAGCAAGCGAGCUACCUCGGUCCCUGCAGGGGGCACUUGGUGCCUGUCUGAGCCUCCGUCUUUGAGGGGGUUGGGGAGGGGGGUUGCUAGAGCUCCUUUUAGCCUCUCUAGGGGGAUUCUGUGAGGGGAUUGGGACUAGGGGGUUGAGGGGCAGGAAGCUGUCCCCAGGGGAGCCAUCCAGGCCCAUUCAAGGGUUGAGCACUUGUUUAGGGUUAGAGCUACCCCCUCUGGGGACCAGGAUUCUCCAGCCAAGGCCAUUGUCCUGCCCCCUUCCCCCCGUCCCUCCCAGACCUCUUUGAACCUGAAGUCAGAUUUUUUUUCUCCACACCCCCCACCCCUUGGUUUCCCCACCCAGGGCCUAGGGCUGGAGGCCUGGGCUGGGGCAGUGGGGGAGGGAGAACAGGCGUGCUAAGGUACUGGAUGUUGGGUUUUCAGAGGAGGGGGGUUCACGGAGCCUGUGCAGGUCCUGGAGUGGGGGGACCUAUUCGUCUGUUUGAACAAAGGUUGGGGGACUCAGGCCCAGUCAGUCCAGAGCCUGGUUCCUUGAAGGGGAAAUGGAGGUGGGGGGGGGGGGGUUGUGUGUCAAUCGAUGGAUUUUUUUUUUUUUUGAGACAGAGUCUCAAGCUGUCGCCCUGGGUAGAGUGCUGUGAUGUCACAGCUCACAGCAACCUCAAACUCUUGGGCUUAAGCGAUUCUCUUGCCGCAGCCUCCCAAGUAGCUGGGACUACAGGCGCCCGACACAACGCCUGGCUCUUUUUUGUUAUAGUUGUCAUUGUUGCUUAGCUGACCCAGGCCAGAUUUGAACCCAUCAGCCUUGGUGUAUGUGGCUGGCCCUGUAACCACUGUGCAAUGGGCGCCAAGCCAAUCACUGGAUCUUUUAGAGGACUAGUUUCUGGAGUCUGAUAUAAAAGACUGGGUUAUGCCUUGGGUCUGGUAGUCUACCCUGAAGGUGGGGGGCACUUGGUAGGAUGGGAAGUUGGGUGCUGGGUAUCUGAGGCUGCAGGACUGCUAGAUUUGGCCAGUGCCUGGAUGGGCAUGCCAGGGUUUCUGCAGGGGGACAGUGGGGUCCAGCUAGCCAGCAUGCUUAUGUUUGCUCAUGAAUUGAGGGGUAGCCCCAGACACAUUCAAUAAAUGUUUGAGGAGGUGGGACGGUGGCUGGGGCCAAAAGAGAGAGGACAGUUCCAGAGGUCUCAAGCACCUGUGGUCCUAAGAAUAUGGAGGUGUCUGAGGGAGCCCAGAUAGCUCUGAGGCAUGCAGAGAAUGAGGGAGGGCUGGCAGCCUGUUGGAGUUGAAAGUGAAGUCCCUGUGGGGAACCUGUACCCAGGUGCAGUAGUGGCACCCUGUAGGAUCUCUCAGCUUUCCCCUUCCACAGACACCACUGCCACCUUUAGGAGAGUACCCUCCGCCUCAGUUUCUCCCACCCCCACCACCCUCACCUCCACCCUUCCAGGGGGCGGGGCCAGAGGUCAAGGAUAGUGGGUGGGAUUGGGGAGGGAGAGAGGUGUUGUGCAGUCCCUACGCUAUCCUUCGUUUUACCAGGCCCCCGGCUUGGGGUGCCUUCCUUCCCCAUGGCGGGACACCUGGCUUCGGAUUUUGCCUUCUCGCCCCCGCCUGGUGGUGGAGGUGAUGGGCCAGGAGGUCCAGAGCCAGGCUGGGUUGACCCUCGGACCUGGCUAAGCUUUCAAGGCCCUCCUGGAGGGCCAGGAAUCGGGCCCGGGGUUGGGCCAGGGUCUGAGGUAUGGGGGAUUCCCCCAUGUCCCCCACCAUAUGAGUUCUGUGGGGGGGUGGCCUACUGUGGACCUCAGGUUGGAGUGGGGCUGGUGCCCCAAGGCAGCCUGGAGACCUCUAAGCCCGAGAGCGAGGCAGGAGCUGGAGUGGAGAGUAACUCCGAGGGGGCCUCCCCCGAACCCUGCACUGCUCCCUCUGGUGCUGUGAAGACGGAGAAGGAGAAGCUGGAGCAAAGCCCUGAGGAGUCCCAGGACAUCAAAACUCUGCAGAAAGAACUCGAGCAGUUUGCUAAGCUCCUGAAGCAGAAGAGGAUCACCCUGGGAUAUACCCAGGCUGAUGUGGGGCUGACCCUGGGUGUUCUCUUUGGGAAGGUGUUCAGCCAAACAACCAUCUGCCGUUUUGAGGCCCUGCAGCUCAGUUUCAAGAACAUGUGUAAGCUGCGGCCCCUGCUGCAGAAGUGGGUGGAGGAAGCUGACAACAACGAAAAUCUUCAGGAGAUAUGCAAAGCAGAGACCCUUGUGCAGGCUAGAAAGAGAAAGAGAACAAGUAUCGAGAACCGAGUGAGAGGCAACCUGGAGAACUUGUUCCUGCAAUGCCCGAAACCCACACUGCAGCAGAUCAGCCACAUCGCACAGCAGCUUGGGCUUGAGAAGGAUGUAGUCCGAGUGUGGUUCUGUAACCGCCGCCAGAAGGGCAAGCGAUCAAGCAGUGACUAUUCACAACGGGAGGAGUUUGAGGCUGCUGGGUCUCCUUUCUCAGGGGGACCCAUGUCCUUUCCUCUGGCUGCAGGGCCCCAUUUUGGUACCCCAGGCUAUGGGAGCCCUCACUUCACCACACUGUACUCCUCAGUCCCUUUCUCUGAGGGGGAAGCCUUUCCCUCUGUCUCUGUCACCACUCUGGGCUCUCCUAUGCAUUCAAACUAAAGUGUCUGCCCUUCUAGGAAUGGGGAGGGACAUGAAUCCAGGAGAAGCUAGAGAAGGAGAACCUGGAGUUUGUACCAGGGCUUUUUAGAUUAAAUUCUUUAAUCACUAAGGAAGGAAUUGGGAACACAAAGGGUGGGGGCAGGGAGUAUUGGGGGAGCUGGAUGGAAGGAAGGUGAAGUUCAAUCAUGCUCUUGAUUUUAAUCCCCAUAUCACUCUUCACUUUGUUAUUAAAUAAAGCCUGGGACACAGUA